AUGGCAAUAUCGUUAACAAGGAUUGGAAAAUUAACACCAGAGAUCCAACUCGCCCAAGCAGUUUCGGAAUUUGAAUCUAUCUUAAACCUCGAGGAGAAGACAAUAUUGAGAAAUUUGAAGAGCAAACACCAUCCAGACGCCAUUGACAUUGUGAGAUUGACAGCUGAAAUUGACCGAUCAUCCCAAUUAACUAGGAAAUGUGUUGGCACCCGCUUUGCCAAUGUACUUCGUGCAAUCCAAGCCUUUACUUCGAUCGGAGAUGUGGUUGUCGGAGGAUCCCAAAAUAUAAUGGCUAGUGGCCUGUGGGCCGCAGUGCGAUUUACUCUUCAGCUAGCGACAAAUUAUACGUCAUUCCUAGAGAAGUUUUCGACCCUAUUUAUGGAGAUCGGCCGGUCUGCCCCUCGAUAUCAAGAGCUUGCCUUGCUAUGCACCAAAGCUGUGCAGUUUAUUCGACGCAACAGCCUGACCCGCCUUCUAGUUACCACACUCGGGUCCUUUGAUUCAGAGUUCGGUGAUUUUACACAGAACCUUGGGGCUCUUGGAAAUGCCAUCAAGGAAGAAGUUAUGUUUCUUUCAGCCAAAACAGAGCAGGAAGAAUCCCGCGAGAACUCGAGGUUUCGCUCGAUAUUAUUGGAUAGAUUCGAUAAGAGUUACGAAAUAAGACACAAACUGGCAGCACGAUUGUCAUUGCUGGAUGCUUGCUCAGUAUAUGAUUAUGCAUCGACGUGGCGGCAGAUCAGGAAGAAAGGAAAAACGGCUUCAUUAUCAGGUUGUAACGAAUACAUGACUUGGAGAGACGACCCAAGUACCACCAACACAUUGGUUUUCUUCGGUAAACUAGGAUCCGGAAAAUCUGUAUUCACAGCGAACUUGAUCGAAGAUUUGCUGCUAAAUAUCCCCAAAGGAGCAACAGCCUACUUCAUCUGUAGGCACGAUGUAACUGAGUCAUUGCAAUCAAGGACGAUUGUGGGGUCGCUCAUACGACAAUGGUUAGAGUUCAUGAACGUGGAAAAUAUACUAGACGCUAUGGAGCAACAGGUUCAGUCAUUAGCAAAUGAAACGGACCUCGAUGGGCUUCUCACGGUAUUUUGCAAAUUUCUGGCCCCAAAGUGGCAAGGGAAACCCAUGUUUGUGGUCAUUGAUGGGCUUGAUGACUGCGCGGAACGUGAAAAACAGACUGUGAUACAGUACCUUCAUGAUUGGGCAGAAAAUAGCACACUUCGAUUAUUCCUCACUACUAGAUCGGAGCUAGAGUUGACUUCGUUACUGAUUGAUAAACAUUUUCCGCAUCGAUCUAAAAUGCAACUCUCUUUACAGGAAAAUGACAUUGCCGACUAUAUCAAUGAUGAGCUGCAGCGACGCUUGGAGUCAGGUUCUCUUUCCCUCAAUGAUCCUGAGACGAUCGUGGAGAUUCAGGAUACGCUGAUAGCCAACACCUACGGAAUGUUCCUAUGGGCGGUCCUUCAAAUAGAUAGCAUAUGCAACGAGGAAACGGAUGAUGCUAUCUUGGCAGCAUUACGGGAUUUACCACGAGAUAUGCCUGCAGUCUACGAUCGUAUAUUACAUAAACAUUCAUACUCAGCUUAUAGCAAAAAGUUACUACAAAUUGUUUCUGCGGCAUGCCGACCCUUGACGAUAUGGGAGCUUCGUGAAGCUCUGAGUGUAACGCCUGGUGAUGAAACCAUGGAUCAAAAAAAAUUGAUUACGGACAUACAAAAAACAAUUUCAUCCUGUGGUAGUCUUCUCGAGCUGGAUGACGAGUCUCUGACGGUUCACUUUAUCCAUCCAUCCGCGAAACAACACCUUUCAUAUCCUGAUACUGAACACACUUCGGAUGUAUCAGUAAGGUUCAGCAACGUGGAAGCAAAUUGUUUAAUGGGAAGUAUAUGUCUUACAUAUCUAAACUGGAGUGUUUUUGAGAAUCAACUUACGUCUCGUCAUAUACCAUGGCAGAUAACCGGGUCGCAUGCAGUGUCUGCUUCAGUCAAGGUUCCUUUACGGUCUGCCAGUAUUUCAGGAAAGGUUGCUCAAAUGUACCUGAAAAGGACAAAGAAAAUAUCUUCAUCCGCUAGCACAUCAUUUGACUUCAAAGGAGCUCUCAUGGAAGCAUAUUCUGGUAAAUACAAGAGGCAGCCUUCUGGAGAGUUCUUCUUCCUCUCCUACACUAUCAAGUACUGGCUUGGACACUGUGUGAAUUUGAACGACUCAAUGGGCAAAAUCUGGGCUCUGUGGCAAAGAUUUGUGAAUAACCCUCCGUCCAUCAUAAGCAAUUUCCCUUGGGACAAGUCGGAUUAUUAUAUCUCUCUCGAUGCCCACACGCGGCGUGCACAAUGGGCAUUUGACAAUUGCCAUCAAUCUCUUGUUCUUUUCCUACUGAAGAAUGACAAAGAGCACUACUUGCGAUUAAUUGAAAAGACUGAAGAAGUAGCUCUGAAACACCAACUCAGGGGCGAUUGGGGAGAAGCCGCAAAUAUCCGCCGCAAUAUUGUCGAAUCUCUAGCACUGGCAUUUUCAGCUGCCCCUUUGGAUGUACUAAGAACUAUAUGGAAUUUGGCUUUAUCAUAUCGGGCCCUGGAAGAAGAUGACGAAAUGGUAAAGUCAUUGCUGAGGGAUCUUUUGCUCAAGUUGAAAGUGGAUAACAGUCCAUUUAUCGACAGCAUACUGGACUCCUCCGCCGCCUUUCAGAGGGCACGGAAUAACAUUCGUCAAAGAGAAAGUGCGAAGGAAAUCUUAAAUAUGGCAUACUUAAUGAGUGUGAGGCUACUAGGGCAACGUGAUGUUAACACCUUACGGCUGCAGCAUGAUAUUAGGCAUUUUGAUGAAAGGCAUGCAAAGAGUCUUGCAUUAUAA